AUGGAUGGUACUUGCCUUCAUCAAGUCAUCACAGCACCCAUAAAAAAUUUCCUGCAACUGCAACGAAUCAAAGAUUUUGCAUUUUUGCAUCCUUGGAAUUCAACUGGACGUUUGGCAUGUAGCAUCUAUUUAUUAUGCAAAGUAUUGAUUGGGCACCUCUAUAUGAGAGAUCUGACAAUUGGUUGGAUGAUGUACAGUUAUUGUUAAAUAUUAUUAAACAAAAAUUGUGAGCACAAUACUUUACUACUAGCUUUGUUUUGCCAAGUCUCAGUUACAGUACGAAUGCACUAGCACCGCUUAUAGGAUAAUACAAGAUCAAAGUAUCUUCUGGCAAUGUACUCUAUGGACCAUUCUACCGAUAUGGAUACUCGAAAAGAAAUCCUAUGCUGUAGCGUGGAUUAUACUUUCCUCUUCUUAAAGUAGUUGAACAAGAUAAAGUGGAUGAAUCCGAGAGCAUGCAUAAAUGAGGCAUAUACUCCUACAUCCAUCGAACAUAUGGCAAAUGUGGCAACUCACGGAAUAUGGAUUGUACCUUCGGUAAUUGGCAGUAUCGAGCUUAUACGCCGUUCGUCAACAUGGGCUCAGUUUGUUUCAGCUUGCGUAUACGGCACUUCCUUGAUCCUUGUCUUUGCAGUAUCGACUUUUUUCCACAGUGUGCACUAUUGCAAUCAUAACAGACAACUAAAAGAUGCAUUGCAUCGUUGCGAUCGUGCUAUGAUUUACAUCUUCAUAGCAGCCAGUUACUUUCCAUGGUUAAAUAUAGAACACUUCUCAGACGAUGAGCUUUUGUUCGCGAUGCGAUAUGUCGUUUGGAUCAUGGCUGUAAUGGGUAUCCUCUAUCAGCAGAUCUUUCACGAGAGAUACAAGAUGCUCGAAACUAUUUUCUAUGUGGUUAUGGGUAUUGGACCUAGCGUUGCGAUCCUUAAUGUUUAUAAUUAUUACAAUAUUACGGAAUUGAAACUGGGUGGGCUGAUGUAUGUUCUUGGCUUAGUAUUUUUCAAAUCGGAUGGUCGUAUACCUUGCGCGCAUGCAAUUUGGCAUCUUUUCGUAGCUGCGGCGGCUGGAUUUCAUUAUUACGCGAUUCUGAACCAUGUAUUUCCUGAAACAGACUCGACGAAUAUUCUUGGACCAUCUACCGAUAGCAUGCCACAAUUAUCUAAUAUACUAAAGCCUCAUAUAGAAUUGUAAGAGUGGUAUACUGUUUUUUACAGUGUUUCUUCCAAAUAUUAAAUAUUCUAAAAUGUAUAGUUUUAUGAAGGGUAAAUAUUUUACGAU